AUGGCCCGAGCAUUGGUAGAAAAAGCCUCUAAAUUGCAAAAGCCUGAUAAUUCUCACAUUAGAGCCCGUGCUUAUUAUGGAAAUAUGGACGGAAAACAGCGAAAAAAAGACUUCUCAGAUAUAAAUACUGCUUGGGGUGAGCUUGAUUGCGUAGCCUAUACAAGUACAGUAGAAGCAG